UAUAAUGCUGUGCCCGCUAGCUGGUGAAUCGAGAAGCCAACAAAAAGAGAAUCAACCUCGCUGAGCAGCGGAGCAGCAUUCGUUCUUUGCCAUUGACGACUAGUCAACAAGUUCCUGCGAGACACUAAUAAAAAACGUGCACCUAUCAGCAGUCAGGCUGCUUCAACAUGUUCUCUGAAAAGAAGCGUGUGUAUAUUGCGUUGUACCCCAGUGGAGUUGUCGAGAAUGAAGAAAGAAGGUGGCUUGAAUCCUCCGCUUCACUCCUAUUGAGAACCUGGAGAACGCUUACGAUUCUGCAGGUUCCACUGGGGAUUUCUCAUCGGGCCCAAAGUCGAAAAGAGAUCCGAGGUUCCUGGCCGCCGUCUCCACGUGAAGAACCCAUUCGGCGCAGGCUGGGUGUACGAGGAGGUCGAACUGCAAAAUGUGCGAAACACCGUCAACCUACUCGCACGUAUCCUGAUCGCCAAGGUAGUGGACGAGAAGCGACUCCUUCAGAUCAUCCGCACUACACCAGUCAUUCAGAACGACCCCAAUUGGCGCUGCCGGACGUGGGUUGCUCAAGUUCUCUCCAGGCUGGCAGAGGACGACGGGGCUGUUGGUACCGCGGAGCUCGGCUGGCCUAAGAUCGAGAUGGCGGCUCGCAACUAUGUAGCGAAGAAAAUUGCAGAGGGACGGUACGCAAGCGGGUCCGAUCCGACCAUGCCCAAGCCGACAUUGGACAUGCUCGAAGGGAAGGAGGUUGUGCCUUGAGCAGGC